CUUAUAACUUUCUUAGUAUCGCAGUAACCGAAUCAAUAAUCUCUGCACAUUUCAAUCAACAAUCCUACGGAAAAUUAAUGCGCCGGCUCAUUACACAAUACAAAUUGCAAGUAUGAAACAAUUGAUUAACCGCGAUAAAUGUUUCAAGGAUAACAUACGAGACAUCCAACCUAACAAAAAAAUUACGAAAAAUGUUAUUACUUCACGCAUCCCAAUUCGCGUACCACUAAACGCCAAAGUUGCAGAGACAGAUACAUCACCGAAAAACAGCUGCAUUCACCAUAAGAAGUCACUGACAUCCGUUCCGGAAAAACCGUACGGCAGAGAUAGGACGCGACUGACAUCAAGCUUUGGAAAAAGGUUCGGUAAAACUGCUUUGGAGUCACCAAUUUCAUUCAAGUGUCGGAAAGAAAAUCGGGAAAAGUCAAAGUUAAUCAAGCAGCAGUUAAGCUAUGAAAAGGAGUGUGAAGAAAUGAGGGUACUGCUUGACAAAAUGCAAAUUAACGCGAGUGGUGAUAGUACGAAUGAUCAAAGUGGGUGUCAAUUGAACGGAGUGAGAUUUAACAUCAACGACCGUAAAAUCGAGGAACUAAGUCUGGGCGAAAACGCUAUUCAACUGUACUACCAUCAAACUCUGAAGAAUCUAAAUGAAAAUGAAAAUGUUAAAUUCUUCGCAAACAUUCUGAACUUAAAAACUAAGUUGAUCGAAGCCACAACCGAAGGAAAUAAAAAGAUCACCGAAUACGAGCACAAAAUUGGCCAACUCAACGGUACCAUUGAAGAACUCACAGCUAAGAUAAAAUUGGCAGAGCAGCAACUUGUUACUCAAGCCGCUGAAAAUACGUCGAUUCAAGAAAGCCGAACCGAAUCGUUCAAGAAAAUCGAAGAAAAACUUCGCGGUAUCAUUGAGAAAUUGCAGUGUCAAUUCAGGAGUCAAAAGUUACUGCAGGCGAAAACUGAACGAGAACUUGCAGUUUUACGAUCCGAUUAUUUCGCAUUAGAGAUAGAAAACAAUAAACUCAGCGAGGCAUUAACGAACUGUUCGGACGAAAGGCAAGACUGUCAGAAGUUGAAUGAAUCGCUGAAAGAAAAAGUUUCGUUCCAUUGUCAAGAAAAUGAGAAAAUAGUAAGGACGUACGAAGAACAAUUGGUUGCAUUACACACCACAAUCGAUCGAAUGGAAAAUGAAUUAGUAGACGCAAGGAAUAGAAACAAUGAAUACAGCGCUGCACACACGAAAGCUGAAAACAAUUUUAAACAAGAAAAAGAAGUCCUUCAACGCACCGUGACUGAUACUAAACAAAAGUUGUUGGACAUGGAAAUGCUUCUGAGUCAAAAAUCGAAUCGAGUUACGGAACUAAUGAAAUCCCACGAAGAAGUCGUUAGUGCGAAAAAUGUGGAGAUAAAAGCCUUGAAAAAUGAAGUGCAAUCAAAAACUGCAACGAUAAACAAUCAAUGCGAGAAGAUGCUAAAAUUGCAACGACUGCUCGCUGUCCGUGAAGUUCUGUUGCACACAUUAAAAAAAGAUAAAAAUUUGUAAUUAAGACGAGCGAAUGUUUUGUUCAAUAAAUCUAGUCUCUU